AUGCAAGACCCUGCUGAUCCCUUUAAUGAUGACUCAAAGGAAGCGUGUGAAGUGGAGGCACUUGAUCUGAAGUUUGAAGAAAAAUAUGGUGGCAAGAGACGUGGAAAGGACCAUAUUCAGGACUUGAUCGACAUGGGGUACGGCUACGAUGAAUCUGACUCCUUCAUCGAUAACUCUGAAGCAUAUGAUGCCUUUGUUCCGGCUUCUGUGACUACAAAGUAUGGAGGGUUUUACAUCAACACAGGACUCCUGGAAUUUCGGUACAAAGAUGACUAUGUUAAAGAGAAAAAGAAGAAGUGUCUGAAGAAGCGGAAAUUGGAAGAUGGAGGUGAAAAAAUGAAGAAGAAGAAGAAGAAGAAGAAGAUGACGACAGAUGAUUCUUACAAGAAGGAAUGCAAAGAGUUCGAGGUUCCAGUAGCUGGUUUUAUGGUGUUAAAUGCAAGUAAGAAGAAGAAGUCUUUUGGCCCUGUUAGUGUCAAGAAGAUGACGAUGAAGUUUCAGAAGGAGAGUGAUGCUCAGAAGGAAAAAGAUGAAGAGCAGAAAGUGGUGACUCCUUUACUGGCAGAACCUGCAGCUCCGAGGGAGGCAGAGGGGAUGCCUAACCCUUUGCUCUCGCUCUUCAGCCACACCAGCAAUAACGACCUGCUUCAGGCAGCGACAGCUAUGGACUUGUUAACCGACCUAGACCUGGAGCAGCUCUUCAGUGAAUCCCCAGAAGGGAGCCCCUUUCCUGAUGGGGAGGACAGAGCGAUCCCAUCAGGAUGGGCUUGGAGCAGGAUUUCAAGCAGCUGCCAUCCCUCCCAAGAGGCUGCCAGACACCUGCACGUCAGCUGCCAGGAAGAACUGCAGAAUAAAGGAGACUACUGA